UCCUUUCCCCCAUAAAAUACGUACUUCGAGAUAUUUACGUUUGCCCGCGGUUUUAGACCCUCUUCGGCUCCUGUACUUGGAAGAAGAUGAAUGGCUUGACGUGGAGUAUUUCCGCCCUGAGAUGCAGUUGAGAGAUAUUUGCUGCUAGCCAAGUUUCAGGUAGACUGGAAACUAGAGGGUUAAAAAACUGAGAGAGCCAGUCUUAAAAGACUGAUCGGUGUAUCGUCGCUCCCUUCACAUUAUUGUGAAAUCAUGAUUAAAGCCAUAUUAAUAUUUAACAACCAUGGCAAACCUCGGCUGUCCAAAUUCUACGAGCAUUAUAGUGAAGACACGGAGCAGCAAAUCAUCCGAGAAACUUUUCACCUGGUGUCGAAGAGAGAUGAGAAUGUCUGCAAUUUCCUGGAAGGUGGAAUGUUAAUUGGAGGGUCUGACAACAAGCUCAUCUACAGACACUAUGCCACACUAUACUUUGUGUUCUGUGUGGACUCCUCAGAGAGUGAGCUUGGCAUUUUAGAUUUAAUUCAGGUAUUCGUGGAAACGUUGGAUAAAUGUUUCGAGAACGUAUGCGAACUGGACCUAAUUUUCCAUGUGGACAAGGUCCACAACAUCCUGGCAGAGAUGGUGAUGGGGGGAAUGGUGCUGGAGACGAACAUGAACGAGAUCAUCAUGCAAGUGGACGCCCAGAACAAGAUGGAGAAAUCUGAGGCCGGCAUCGCGGGGGCACCCGCCCGAGCUGUUUCGGCCGUAAAGAACAUGAACCUCCCGGAGAUCCCUCGAAACAUCAACAUUGGAGACAUCAGCAUAAAAGUGCCAAAUCUACCGUCUUUCAAAUAGUGGGGGGACGGCUCUUGCGGAAGUUGACAAAUGUUUACGAUUUAAAUUUGUUUACCAAAAUCAAAGACAUAACUUUUAUCAAAGGAAAAAAACUGAAAUGAAGGUACUGCGUGAUUCUUUUUGUGUUACUUUUAUGUACCCAUGUUGGAAAUGAAUGUCAUUUAUGUCGCUUUGUUUUUAAGAGAAGAAACAUUCUUACAGUAUUUAUUUAUUACAUUCCUUUCCCUGUCUGAAGGUGUGCCCUUAUGUCUUGGCUGCUACAGUAUUUUAAGGAGAGUACUUCAGCAGUGCUUUCUGUGAAACAUACUAAAAUAUUCUUGUAUUCGAUUAUCUAAAAAAUAUAUAUACUUAUGUAGUAUUGUUGUUUUGUCUUGUAUGUAUUCAAAAUCUUUUAAACAUAUAAAUUAUAUCUUUUUCAGGGGCUUAAGUAACAAUUUUUCUUAGAUAUCUAGUAUUGGUAUAUUCCAACAAACCCCUCUUUUUCACAUGGUAUUUUCCCUAUCAGCAAGUCUCGUUCUUAGGCCUUAAUAAUGUAUGCUGGAAAAUCUGGUUGUAAACAGUGUUUUUACUUGGCCAGAAUAACUUGCGAAAUGCUGUCGUCACGUGCGGUGUAUCUUCCCAUGUAAUGGCACGACGGUUACGCAAAAUUAAGCUUCCCCGUUUUACUCAUGAUGGGACUGACAUGGUGGCCGGCCGUUGUCGCUAACGAUCUGACAAUCACAGGGGAAAUAAUACACUGCCUUGUAGCUAUAUGAUGUAGAGUCUUUUUUUAUUAUUAUUUUACAGUUUUAUUAUGGUAACAAUUCACCAGCUUUCUACUAGGCUCCUAGCCACAUUUUUUAAAACUACUGUUGGACUUCCUUUGUUGUCAAAGGGAUGUUUUAGUAAGACCAUGAAUGCGAGGUGAUAAUGAACCACAUAGGUGUGUCUGGCCAUGCAAAAGUGUUAUUUUGUUAUUACGCGUAUAAUUCUGGCUUUAGAAAGCAAUUGGCAGAAAAUGGGAAAUGGCAUGUGGGAUAAAUUGGUGGGAAUUAUUGGAAUGCAGUGAUAUCGGAUGUCUAAUGAAAAUGGUCACAUUAGUACUUGAAGCCGAUUAUAUGCUGUUUCUUUUAGUCAUUGCAUGUGAGGGGUUGUUUUUUUGUUUUUCUUUUUGCAUCAUAAUAAAGUAUUGAAUCAAA